AUGGCAGCACAGGUGCUGUUACACUACGAAGCAGUGCAGCAUGUGUACCUGCUCUUACUAAUACUCAUGCAGCAACCUGUAUUACUAAUCUCCAUAGAAGCUUGUUCGCAACGACAAAAGGAGGUUGAUGUUUACAACAGGAAAGGAGAUAUUACAGUUGGUGGAAUAUUUCCAAUUUUCACAUGGAAAGUCCCACCUGAACAAACAUUUCAAGAGAUGCCCAUCACAGAAAUGUGUGAUUUCUUUCAGUUAAGGCCAUAUCGCUGGUUGCAUGCAUUUAUCUUUGUCAUUGAAGAAGUGAAUAAAACACCAACUAUUUUACCAAAUAUCACCCUGGGCUAUGGCUUACGUGACUCCUGUGAUGAUGCGUCCAGAGCUCUUGAAGGAACAAUGUGGCUGAUGACAGGUGAGGGUGACAUCAUUCCAAACUAUCGCUGUCAUGCUGGGAAUCCUCUAUCUGUGGUUAUAGGUGAUUCGUCAUCCAGAAUAUCAAUAACCAUGGCCCGGGUUUUAGGGCUGAACAGAUAUCCACAGAUUAGCUAUUAUUCAUCUGUUGCUCUUCUGAAUGACAAAGAACAAUUCCCAUCAUUCCUUCGAACAAUCCCAAGUGAUGAAUAUCAGUCUGUUGGAAUUGCUUGUCUUGUGGUUCACUUUGGUUGGAACUGGGUUGGAAUCUUGGCAGAGGAAACUGACUAUGGACAAAUGGGAGGUCUAGCACUGAAAAAUGAGUUGCAGGGAGCUGGUGUCUGUAUUGCAUUCUUUGAAAAUGUACCUGUUGUGUCUACUCCGAAGAGGAUUAACAAAAUUGUAGAGACUAUAAAAGUAUCCUCUGCUAGGGGCAUUGUAAUAUUUUCCAUAGCUGAUAGCUUAUUCCCACUUAUGGAUGAGCUCAGUAAAUAUGGUGGUUUUGGUAAAGCAUUUAUGGCAACUGAUGGCUGGAUUUCUUCACCUAUGUUUUUCCAGAAAGAAUAUUUCAGCGUAUUAGAUGGCACAAUUGGAUUUACUGUUCAAGCAGGUGACAUGCCUGGUUUCAAGGAAUAUCUAUACUCCCUUCAUCCUUCAGCAGGUUUAGAUUACCCAUAUGCUAAUGUAUUCUGGGAAGCUGCAUUUAACUGUAGAUGGGCCAACACAAGUGGGGAAAAAAUUGAGUACAAUAUGCAUGUUGGUGACUCCACAAAUUGCACUGGAAAUGAAGAUUUACAUGAUGCUAAUAUUGCAUUUUUUGAUUUUAAUAAUUUAAGGAUAACCUAUAAUGUGUAUAAUUCAGUUUAUGCCACUAUCCAAGCAAUGCAUGACUUGCAAAUCUGUGUACCUGGAAAGGGCUCUUUUGCCAAUGGAUCAUGUGCAGAUAUAUAUGCCUUCAAAUCAUGGCAGCUGAGGAAGAAAUACAAUAUAAUUCUCAACAAGAAAGGAGAAGAGCCAAGAGACUGGUGGAAACUUCUGCUGCUUCAUUACUUGCGGAAUGUACACUUCACAAACAAUGCAGGUGAGGAAGUAUUUUUUGAUAUUAGUGGAAAUGCUCCUGCCAUCUAUGAUAUAAUCAACUGGCAAAAUUCUUCCAAUGGAUUGCUGCAGUCUGUAAGAGUGGGUCGCUUUCUGUCAAGUAGCCAAACACCUAAAGAGCUUACCCUUUUUGAAAACAGUACAAGGUUUAAUAAAGGACAGACAAAGUUUGUUUUAUGUUGUUCAAUGGCAUCUGGGGUUACCAACAGUCUGGCAAGUCCAAAUCUUUUUACAUCACAGCAAUUACAGUCAGAGCUGGGGAACCUUACAGCUCUUCUCCAAGUGAUGAACCAGCAUAUGGAUACUUUUUCUAACAGGCUUGAUAAAGUGGAUUCCUCUUUGUCUCAGCAGCGUCCUUUUCAGAACAGCCACAACACUACUUUCAAUGGAACCAAUAAUGUGAAGUCAAACUCGAAUGCCUCAUUAUGUCCAAGACAACAGCGGGCUGAACCUAGCAUUUCCAACUCGAGUCCAGCAGUUAAUUUGUCUAAUCCAGUAAGCAGUCCAGUGUUUGUAAUAUCUGACGCAUCAGUUGCGUACACAGAUGGUGGCUCUCUUUUUUGGGUUAGGGAAAACCGGUAUACUGUGUGCAAAAAUACAAGCCAAGUCCCAUUGUCAAUAUGUAGUGAAAGCUGCUCUCCAGGUUACAGGAAGGCCCCAAGGAAGGGGCAGCCAGUUUGCUGCUUUGACUGUGUCCUCUGCUCAGAAGGUGAAAUUUCAAAUCACAGUGAUUCGACCCAAUGCAUACAAUGCUCUGAGGAUUAUUGGCCUAAUGAAAAGCAAACUGUAUGUAUACCAAAAACUGUGGAGUUUCUCUCAUACCAAGAAACCCUUGGAACUGCAUUGGCAGCCAUCAUAGUUAUGUGUUCCUUCCUUCCGUGUGGUGUGCUGCUUUUAUUUCUCAAAUAUCGAGAUACCCCAAUUGUAAAAGCUAACAAUCGGGAACUCAGUUACAAUCUGCUUUUAGCACUGUCAUUGUGUUUUCUCUGUUCAUUGAUUUUUAUUGGACAACCAAAUCAAACAACAUGCCUUUUGCGGCAAAUUGCUUUUGGUAUAGUGUUUGUGCUCUGUGUCUCCUGUGUGCUUGCAAAAACUAUUAUGGUGGUUAUAGCUUUCAAGGCAACAAACCCAAAUAGUAAGCUAAGAAUGUGGGUUGGUUCUAAACUGUCAAAAAGCAUAGUGGUUGUAUGUACAUCAGUACAGUUGCUUGUGUGCAUAUCUUGGUUGUGUAGUUGUCCACCAUUUCCACAAAACAACAUGAUGUCCCAGAAAGGAGUGAUAAUAAUUGAGUGUAAUGAAGGGUCUCUGGUGUUCUUCUGGUCAGUGUUGGGAUAUAUGGGCUGUUUAGCUUUCCUGUGUUUCAUAGUUGCAUUCUUUGCUCGAAACUUACCUGAUAGUUUUAAUGAAGCAAAGUUCAUUACAUUUAGCAUGCUAGUUUUUGUCAGUGUCUGGCUGGCUUUUAUUCCAGCUUAUCUUACCUCUAAAGGAAGAUACAUGGUAAUGAUGGAAGUAAUAGCCAUACUGUUUUCGAGUUUGGGUUUACUUUUUUGCAUAUUUUUUCCUAAAUGUUAUAUAAUUAUUCUUAAACCAGAAAUGAACACCAAAGAUUAUUUAACAGGUAAAGCAAAUCUGAAACCUGUGAAAUGA